AUGCCGGGCAAAAAGUGGAGAUUCGAUCUCAGAUGUUGUGCCACCUUUCGACUAUGGUUGAGACUCAGACCCUCUCUGAGGGAACUUUGUUGGGCCUUGGACUUCCGGAGCCUGCGUGGCGUGCCGUUGCUGGCGCUAGCGCCGGCAGUCGAGGUUGUUCGGCCAGAGAUGGAGAAACAGUACGGCGCCACAUUCUGCAUGGUCCUGUCAGCCUGGGCCGUCCCACUCCUUCUUUUCUUCGGAGUCCUUUGCAGUCAGGGAUCGCCGAUGAUUGAGCUCGAGCCGGAAGUCAAGAAAGAUGCGGCCUGGGGCUGCUACGGCAGUGCCCAAGCUUUGUUGAGCCUGGGGGUACAGGCUUCUAGUCGAACAGGUCACCUACUGGUAGUACUUUAA